AGACCACAGACUGGAGAGUGUCCUUUAAAGACGCUCUUUGGCUUCAGGUGCCUCGGUAAGGCAUUGCUACUGCUGGGGGAACUCAGAUUUAUACUGUAGAGAUAGCCAGUUUAAAAACUGGAUUCUUCUCAGGGAACAAAAUCAAAGCCCCAGGAAAGGGGAUGCAUUAUUUGGGACGCAGAAGGAGGUCCCCAAAGGACCACCCUCAUUCAGUUCUAAACCCCUCUGCUUUCAACUUUAGUCCACAUAGCCCACCUUGUCCUCUGUUAGGCAGGAUGAACUCAUCUCUAAGCUCUUGGCAGCAGCCAGCGAACGCUGCUUUCGACCGGGCCUCCUCCUCAGUGGCUUUUGUCUGGGGGGUCUCUUUGUCUGGGGUCUCUUUGUUUGGGAGACCCCUUUGGUCCCGUUCCAUAGUUCUCAGCCUCCCCUCCCUUUCUCUGGGUUAGGCUGUCCCCUCCCUCUCUGCGGGGGCUGAGAGGCUCAGCGAGGGGAGCAGAGCUGGGUUGCCAUGGUCACCUUGAAGCCAGCCGCAGCUGGCCAGGGCAGCUGCUCUUGGGCCCCCGAGGCUGGAGCUUGGACAAAGCCGGGAGGCUUCAUCGGCCUCAGACCUGGAUCCCCAAAGGCGUGUGCCUAGGGAGACUGAAACUCAGGAGAACCUGGAGGUGAGCGGAAGUUAGAUAGAGCUCACCUGGGAGAGCCGGAGCAGGCCUGGGGCUGGGCUGCUUUUGUGGGGAGGGACCAGGUAGGCCUUGUGGUGGGAGGAGAGUAGGAUGGAGGCCCCGUGUGGAAACAGGUUGACCAGAAUGAGGGCGGGGCCUUGGUGGCCUGGAGACAGGUUUAAUUCUAUCUCUGGCCCUUCCAUCCGUCUCGAAGUUGUCCUUCCUUCCUAAGUCUGCCCACCCAGCCCCCGUGUCUCUCUCUCUCUCUCUCUCUCUCUCUCUCUCCCUCUCCCUCUCCCUCUCCCUCUCCCUCUCCCUCUCCCUCUCCCUCUCCCUCUCCCUCUCCCUCUCCCUCUCCCUCUCCCUCUCCCUCUCCCUCUCCCUCUCCCUCUCCCUCUCCCUCCCUCCCUUCCUUCCUUCCUUCCUUCCUUCCUUCCUUUCUAUGGCUCCAUGUCUCAGUCUGUAUCUUUCUGCCUCCAUAUCACUUUCAUUCCAACCUUCUCUCUCUCUCUCUCUUUUUUCUAUUCCAGUUGCCUUCUCUGCCUUUAAUUCCUUCCAUGUUGGAUCAGCAACCCUCCCUCCAUCCAGUCCUUUCCUCCCCUCCCCAAACUCCUCUCUCCUCCAGAGCCCCUUUAUCUCCCACCCUUUCUUUACUUGGCACCAUCUCCCUUAACUCUCCUCCCCUCUCUGUGCUCCGGACGUGUGCCCCCUCCCAGGUCCUGUCUCUAUGUGACCAUCAGCCUCCCUCUGGGAGACUCUUGGUACCCUGGUCCUCAUUCCUUCCCCAGACUAUGCACAGCUAAUCAGUCUCACCUUUUCUUUUCUCUUUCCUUUCCUUUCCUUUCCUUUCCUUUCCUUUCCUUUCCUUUCCUUUCCUUUCCUUUCCUUUUUUCUUUCUUUUAUCGGUUCCAGAUUUAAGCCAUCUCUUCCUUGGCCAUCAUACCCCAGGCCUCAUUUUCCUAUUUGAUCUCGGUGGUUUUAAAGUAUGACCUAUAGCCAGGGUCUUUUCCAGCUCCUUACCCUGCCCCCCCCCCCCCACACCAGAGGCUUUCCACUCUCCCCAGCUGCUGACCCAACCUGCUCCCCUAGAGGCAGCUGCAUCUCGAGGCAGGGACUGUAGCUAGUGUGUGUUGGGGGUGUUGAGGGUGGGCCCAUCUAGUCCACUCUCCUCUCACUGGUUUUGUCCUGCUUUCCUACAAUGGUCGGGUGGUCUGCAGGCCUUGAGCUGAGCUCUUAUUUCUCCUACGUGCCUCUUUUCACAUCCCCCUUCCCCUCAGUUGUUUUGUUGUUGUUUUUGUUUGUUUGUUUUUGUUUUUUGCUUCUUCUUCCUGUGCUUGCAGAAAAGGGUCCAGCAUGGGAGAGUGUGCAUGAGGGAAAAGUAGAGAGAACUUCCCAGGUUCUAGGGUACAACAGGGGGCCCUGGAGAGGAGCAGAGGGCUGGGGAGCCACAGAUGGCUGGGUUCUUGGCUCAGCUAUGUAGGCCCCAGGAUGGCUGGGAUUUCCCUCUCUGGCCCCUGGGAAUCUGGGCUCCGAGUAGCACAUUCCAGCCGGCUCCAGCUCCUUUUCUGCUGUCACUUGACUCCGCUGGGCCCCAGCCCUGCGUCCCUCCUACUCCUCCGGCCCUGGUCUGGAGCGAGGUGGGCAUCACCGACUAGGAAUUUUUCCUGGGAGAGUGAUAAAGGGGCCAAGGCUUCAAGAUUCUACCUCCCAUGGGCCCUUCACUGGGCAGUGUGAGUCACGGGCGUGAGGGGCUGAAGCAUUGCUAGUCCUGUCCCGGGCUUCCCCAGAGCGGCCCUCCUGGGAGGAGGGGCUGCCGCCAGCGCAGGUGAGGUUACUGGGAAACCUUGGCCCCACCCCCAGCCAAGCUCCACACCCCGCCCAGUCUCUGCAGGACCCAGAUUUCCAAUCGCUGUCUGCAGAGGGGUAGGUGAUUUGGGGAGUCGGGGUGGGUGUCCCCUAAGGUCUAGGUGAAAAGGUCGUAGGCAGUUCUCCCAGUGGCCAUGGGAGCCAUUAGCAGGUCCUUCAGCAGCUGGAACGUCCCUGGGUUUGUAAACUGGAGACCCAGCCUGCCUUGGCUUCUCCCUAGGGGCAGCUUAUCUUCCUGAGAUGCUGUCCCCUCCUCCAUAGACCAGAGGGAUCCAGAGCGAUGGGGACAGGGACCCUCUCAUCUCUACUGCUGCUGCUACUCUUGGUGACAAUUGGAGAUGCUGACAUGAAGGGACAUUUUGACCCUGCCAAGUGCCGCUAUGCCCUGGGCAUGCAGGACCGCACCAUUCCUGACAGCGAUAUCUCUGUGUCCAGCUCCUGGUCGGACUCUACCGCUGCCCGCCACAGCAGGCUGGAAAGCAGUGAUGGAGAUGGGGCUUGGUGCCCUGCAGGGCCUGUGUUCCCCAAAGAAGAGGAGUACUUGCAGGUGGACCUUCGUAGGCUACACCUGGUGGCUCUGGUGGGCACCCAGGGCCGCCAUGCUGGGGGUCUGGGCAAAGAGUUCUCCCGAAGCUAUCGGUUGCGUUACUCCCGAGAUGGCCGCCGCUGGAUGGACUGGAAGGACCGCUGGGGACAGGAGGUGAUUUCGGGUAACGAGGAUCCCGGGGGAGUAGUGCUGAAGGACCUUGGGCCCCCCAUGGUGGCCCGGCUGGUCCGCUUCUACCCCAGGGCUGACCGGGUCAUGAGUGUCUGUCUUCGGGUGGAGCUCUAUGGCUGCCUCUGGCGGGAUGGACUCCUGUCAUAUACAGCCCCCGUGGGGCAGACCAUGCAGUUAUCUGAGGUGAUGGUACAUCUCAAUGAUUCCACUUACGAUGGAUAUACUGCUGGAGGGCUGCAGUAUGGCGGUCUGGGCCAGCUGGCAGAUGGCGUGGUGGGCCUGGAUGAUUUCAGGCAGAGCCAGGAGCUGCGGGUCUGGCCAGGCUAUGACUAUGUGGGAUGGAGCAAUCAGAGCUUCCCCACGGGCUACGUGGAGAUGGAGUUUGAGUUUGAUCGGUUGAGGACCUUCCAGACCAUGCAGGUCCACUGUAACAACAUGCACACUCUGGGAGCCCGCCUACCAGGCGGGGUGGAAUGCCGGUUUAAAAGGGGUCCCGCCAUGGCCUGGGAAGGAGAGCCUGUCCGCCAUGCUCUGGGAGGCAGCCUUGGAGACCCCAGAGCCCGGGCCAUCUCAGUGCCCCUGGGUGGCCACGUGGGCCGCUUUCUGCAGUGCAGAUUCCUCUUUGCAGGUCCUUGGUUACUCUUCAGUGAGAUCUCUUUCAUCUCAGAUGUGGUGAACGACUCCUCUGACACCUUCCCACCAGCCCCCUGGUGGCCACCUGGCCCGCCUCCCACCAACUUCAGCAGCUUGGAGCUGGAGCCCCGGGGUCAACAGCCAGUGGCCAAGGCGGAGGGGAGCCCAACUGCCAUCCUCAUUGGCUGCCUGGUGGCCAUCAUCCUGCUGCUGCUUCUCAUCAUCGCGCUGAUGCUCUGGAGGCUGCACUGGCGCCGGCUGCUCAGCAAGGCUGAGCGCCGCGUGUUGGAGGAGGAGCUGACGGUUCACCUUUCUGUCCCUGGGGACACCAUCCUCAUCAACAACCGCCCAGGACCCCGAGAGCCACCCCCUUACCAGGAGCCCCGGCCUCGGGGGACUCCACCCCAUUCUGCACCCUGCGUCCCCAACGGCUCUGCGUUGCUGCUCUCCAAUCCGGCCUACCGCCUCCUUCUGGCCACUUACGCCCGUCCCCCUCGAGGCCCGGGCCCCCCCACACCCGCCUGGGCCAAACCCACCAACACCCAGGCCUGCAGUGGGGACUAUAUGGAGCCCGAGAAGCCGGGUGCCCCGCUUCUACCCCCACCUCCCCAGAACAGCGUCCCCCAUUAUGCCGAAGCUGACAUUGUCACCCUGCAGGGCGUCACUGGGGGCAACACCUACGCUGUGCCUGCACUGCCCCCAGGGGCGGUUGGGGAUGGGCCCCCCAGAGUGGAUUUCCCUCGGUCACGGCUCCGCUUCAAGGAGAAGCUUGGCGAGGGCCAAUUUGGGGAGGUACACCUGUGUGAAGUAGAGGACCCGCAAGAUCUGGUCAGUAGUGACUUCCCUAUCAGUGUGCACAAGGGACACCCCUUGCUGGUAGCAGUGAAGAUCCUCCGGCCAGAUGCCACCAAAAAUGCCAGGAAUGAUUUCCUGAAGGAGGUAAAGAUCAUGUCACGGCUGAAGGACCCAAACAUCAUCCGGCUCCUGGGUGUGUGUGUGCAGGAUGACCCCCUCUGCAUGAUCACAGACUACAUGGAGAACGGCGAUCUGAACCAGUUCCUCAGUGCCCGCCAGCUGGAGAACAAGGCCACUCAGGGGCUCUCUGGGGACACAGAGUCUGACCAGGGGCCCACAAUCAGCUACCCUAUGCUGUUACACGUGGGGGCCCAGAUCGCCUCUGGCAUGCGUUAUCUCGCCACGCUGAACUUUGUGCAUCGGGACCUGGCCACCCGGAACUGCUUGGUUGGGGAAAAUUUCACCAUCAAAAUCGCCGACUUUGGCAUGAGCCGGAAUCUCUACGCUGGGGAUUAUUACCGUGUCCAGGGCCGGGCGGUGCUGCCCAUCAGGUGGAUGGCUUGGGAGUGCAUUCUCAUGGGGAAGUUCACAACAGCCAGUGACGUUUGGGCCUUCGGAGUGACCCUGUGGGAGGUGCUGAUGCUCUGCAGGUCCCAGCCCUUUGGGCAGCUUACAGAUGAGCAGGUUAUCGAGAAUGCCGGCGAGUUCUUCAGGGACCAGGGCCGGCAGGUCUACUUGUCCAGGCCACCCGCCUGCCCACAGACCCUGUAUGAGCUGAUGCUCCGGUGUUGGAGCCGGGAGCCCGAGCAGCGGCCGCCCUUCGCCCAGCUUCAUCGGUUCCUGGCGGAUGAUGCGCUCAACACGGUGUAAACUCAGGACCCGGCAGCCCUUUCCCAAUGGGAGCCAUCCAGGGGAAGCUGGACUCGAAAACCAGAGAAGCCUAUGGCACCGCACCCCACCGUCUCCAUACUUGCCCAUUCCCAAGAGGCAGUGUCUCUGCGGGUGGGCUGGGCCUGCCCGAGGAGCAGAUACACACACUCCCUUCCGUUUCUUCCUUCCAUCUGCCAAGUGCCACCCUCCCAGCUGGCCCUGUGGUUGGGAUCCUGCCUGACUUCUUCCAGCUAUCCCCUUGGGGAAGAACGGGGGCAAAUGCUGGGCGUACACUGGACAAGGCCCACUGGACAACACUGGUUCCUGGGAGGUGACGGUGCCCCCCAGCUUUCUUCUUGUCACACACUGGACGCCGCCAGCUGAGAAUUAGAGGGGUGAGGGGGACAAGGACGGCCAACCCCUACAGCGGUCCUCAGCCCUGGCUUCCUUCUGUUCCGCCCCCUGACACACUGGACCUGGGGGCGAUCCCUGCCGUUGAUCCUCAGUCACACACCCCUCCUUCUCACCUGCCAUGCUGCAGCUAGAACUUCGCAAAGCCUCUAUGUUUCUGUGGAGUAAAUAUUAGGAUGGGGAACAGAGGGAGCAAUAGCUUGAGGCUGGGGGUGGGGAUUUCUAUUGUAGCUACCACAUUGGUUUUUCUAUAAUCACGCGGGGUUUGUACAUUUUUUGGGGGGAGAGAAACACAGAUUUUUACACUAAUAUAUGGACCUAGCUUAAGGCGAUUUUAAUCCCCUGUCCUAGGCAGGUAAUAAUAAAAGUUGAGUUGUUUUUUGUUUUUUGUUUUUCCACA